CAUGGGGCUGGGGAUCAGAAAUGUCCCGUUCAUGAGAGGCAGGUUGAGGUAGUGCAGAAGUUGUCUUAUGCUGAGGCAGUGAAGAAAGUAGAGGAAGAUGGAUCAAGGGGGAGGGAAGUGGUAAUGUCUCUUUCAGGUUGUUGGCAUGAGGUAGGACUAAAUAUAUUUAAAUAGUGGAGUAGGGUUGUUUUUUAUUGUUAUUUUCAAGCAAAGUAUAAAGGAGUUGUACUCCAGUCUAGUAAGUGGUGGUAAUGCAGCAUAUUGGAUGCCAACCGGCUGUUAAACCUCAUCGAAGAAUAAAUAAAAAACUAGCUCCGACUUUGAAAAAUCGAUUUGAACGGUCAUUCAACUCGGAAUUCCAACUCGGGCCUCUUUAUAGAGCUCUGACCUGAAGAUCACUGACGGCAUGAAUUGACGUCGUAUUUUUCCGCGUUCCCAUUUCACAUAAUCCACAUAUUUGAUAACUAAUAAAGUAAGAGACGUUUCUUACAAGAUUCUUUACAGAUUUUAUCAUUGUAAUAGUCUUAUUUCUAAAUAUGCAAUUAAUGUAGAAAAUAAGUGUAGCUUUUGUGAAUUGGAAAAUUAGACUAUAGGGCAUUUAUUUUCUGAUUGUUUUCAUAGCGAAAUAUUUUUGCCAGGUAUGAAAAUAUACAUUAGCGAUAAAAUGGGUAAACCUGUACGCAUUACCAAAUGUUAUCUUUUUUAUUUUACAUACAUGCGAAGUGACUGUCAAUACAUUAAUUUUAUUGUUUUCAUUUUAUUGGGAAAAUGUUACAUCCAUUAAAAUAAGUUUAAUAAAACGUUUCAAUAUUUUUCUAAUCUAUUUAGAAUAUUAUUUAUCAUCCCUGAAAGGUAUAAAUAGCAAUUUGUCAAAGAACUGUCCACAGUAUUUGUCAAAAUGAUUUGUGAUAUUUGUAUAUUGUUUGGUUUUGUACAAUGUUCGUGUGAUGUAAUAACUAAUAUAUAUAUAUAUAUUACAAUGUAUACAAUAAAAACUGUAAGAGUCUGUAUCCUAAUAUAUAAUCAUAUCUGAUGUUGAACGUCAACAGUAAACGUGUAACAUACAAAGCUAUUGCUUAAAUAAAGGUUGUCUUUUUACUCCAGUAAAGAGAGUUCCGAUGUAGAUUGUCCCACUAUCCAACCCGUUGGUUUGUUUCCGGAAGUUCGACUGUUUUUAAUGGAUGCUUUUUGUGUUGCCUGUCUAGCUAAGUAGCAUGCCAACUACCAUAGCCUUACUUUCUCUCAUUACAUCUGGUAUUUAUAUUUAUUAGAAUAGCCUCAUAUACAGUAAGUACUACAGCUUAUAUCUCAAAAUGGUAAAACAAUUGCAAUAGGACAGUUAUUGGGGGAGGCAAAAGCGGUUUAGUUACCAGUAUCUUUUCUGCUAAGGUUAGCUAAUGAGCUAGCUUCAUAUCAUUUUGAUAGACUGGAUCGUAACACUGACCAACCUGAACAAAAGUAGGUCAACUUUACGGUCUCAUAACUGUAUCUAGUUACACAUAGACAGUUUGCCAUGAUGUCUGAAGCCAUCGUAACCUUCCAGUCUCAGCUCUCCGGGGUCAUGGAGACGGUCCUUAAGUCAGCCAUAUACGAGAUCACCAGGCUGGUGGAGGAUAGUUUCCUGGAGGAGGUGUUCCGGAACCGGGAGCAGGUCGAGUCACUGAAGAAGCGGCUGCAGUGGUCGGAGAACAGUCGCAAGGAGAGGGAUAGAGAGGGAGGCCAGAGGGGGAAGUGUGCGGACUGUGGGAGAGCUGACGUGGAGACAAGCUCUGGAACCUCACAGACAGGUGUGGAGAGGGGGUGUGGCCUGAAGCAGGAGAAGGUAUCAGGGGAGGAGUGGAGCAGCUGUGGGGGCGUGGCCGGGGAAACAACCUUCCAUGACCUGGAGGAGGCUGAGGCCAUCAGCCCUAGGAGAACCUCUGAGUCCACAGAGGUCGGAAGUCAGAAGCUGGACAGUCUGCUGAAAGAGGAGCCUCUCCACAACACUGAGCUACGGGAGAGAUGGGAGUUCUGCUUGGAUGGGGCCGACGGUUCGGACGUUUCGGGGCCCAGUAAGAGUUUCAGUGAGCAAGCACUGCAGCAGUGCCAGGCUGACUGGGGAUCUGUUCUAGACCAGGGGCCUAAACCUCCGGGCCCCGAGGGAGACGCAGGGGAUCCCACCGACCCUCUCUACCGUCCUCGUUACAGCAUGAAAGAACUGGUGGGCGGCUUUGAAAAGUCUGGUUGCGACGGAAGUGGUGGUGGCGGCCAUCUUGCAGACAUAGAAGGACUGGAUAGGUUUCCUGGUUCUCCGUCUCGUCUGGGGACGAUGAGCUACGGAGCUCUGGGUCACUACCAGGUGGACCUGGGAGGGUCUGAGGGGGGAGACCAUCACCAUCGCUCCCACAUGCCUGACCCCCAUCAGAGCCAGAGGGAGCAGGUGGGGUCGCCAACGCCAUCCCCCCACCCAGAGGUGGGAGAACGGAACUGCCUGUUGAUAAACGAGGAGGGGUACCUGCAGGACUCCAGCGUCUUGUACCCUGAACACGGUGUCCCAGAGUCAGGUAGUAGAGCCGGCCACAGGGGGCUAACCUCCAUCCACUCUGGAAGCUCAGCCCACAACAACAACACAGAGAGCCUGUAUGAUGCCGCUGACGACUUUGGACACUCUUUAAACCUCAGAGAUCGUUCACAAGAGCAGGUAACAGGAAGAGUGAGAGGAGGGGGGAGGUGUCACGCCUGCAAUCAAUGCACCAAGACCUUCCCAGACUCCGUUUCUCUCAAGGCCCACAAGCAGAAACACGAAAUGGGUAGAGGGUUGAGCACAGAGUCAGGGUCUGGACCUCAAUACUCGCGCACCCAGUGCGUUAAGACCUUCACCCAGGCCUGCAACCUCAAGGUCCACCAGCGGGUCCACCAGGCAGAGGGACUCCACCUCUGCAGCCAAUGUGGCAAGGGCUUCACCUCCUUCUCCGACCUGAAGAGGCACAAGUGCAGCCAGACCACAGACAAGCCCUACUGCUGCUCCAUCUGUGGGAACAAGUUCAAUCGGCUCUGGAACCUCAAGCUGCAUCAGCGCAUUCACACGCAGGAGAAACCUCACCGCUGCACUAUGUGUGACAAGCGCUUCACACGGGCAGACAAUUUGAAGGUGCACCAGCGUAUCCACACUGGGGAGAGACCGUACUGCUGCGCUGUAUGUGGACUCCGCUUCAAACAACUGGACCAUCUGAAGUCACACCAGCGCAAACACAGGCCGGAUCUCCUGAAAUGAAUUUGUUUAAAAAAAUAUAUACAGUACCAAUCAAAAGUUUGGACACACCUACUCAUUCAAGGGUUUUAUUUAUUUGUACUAUUUUCUACAUUGUAGAAUUAUAGUGAAGACAUCAAAACUAUGA